AUGGUAUCGUUAACUUGGGCCGGCAAAGGUCUAGCCUUUUCCUUUCUGAUUUCAGCUUGUUUUCUUUCGUUGUUUGACGAUGUCAAUGGUUACGAGCCUAACUGGAAGUCGAUAGAUUCCAGGCCUCUGCCUGGCUGGUACGAUGAUGCCAAAUUGGGUAUCUUCAUCCACUGGGGAGUUUUUUCUGUCCCCAGUUUCUCUUCAGAGUGGUUCUGGUAUAACUGGAAGGUGAUAAAAGCUCCGCCACUUGUAGAAUUCAUGGAGAAGAACUAUCCACCAGACUUUACGUACGCAGAUUUUGGCAAGGAGUUUACAGCUGAAUUUUUUGACGCAAACCAAUGGGCAGACAUGUUUGAAAAAGCUGGCGCAAAGUACGUGGUCUUCGUGAGCAAACACUGUGAAGGUUUCACUAACUGGCCGUCCAAAUAUUCCUUCAGCUGGAAUUCAAUGGCCGUUGGACCUAAAAGAGAUAUUGUUGGUGAGCUCAUGAAUGCUACGCGGAGUAGGACUGAUCUGAAGUUUGGCCUGUAUCACGUUCUGUAUGAGUGGCUCCACCCUUUGUAUCUGAAGGAUAAGGAGUCUGGAUUUAAGACGCAAGAUUUUGUCAAUCUAAAGACAAUGCCUGAAAUGUAUGAGAUUGUGGAGACCUACAAGCCUGAGAUCUUCUUUUCUGAUGGGGACUGGGAAGCUCCAGUUGAGUACUGGAAGUCUUUGGACUUCUUGGCUUGGCUCUACACCUACAGCCCUGUUAAGGACACAGUUAUUGUAAACGACAGAUGGGGAAUUGGCGCUAACUGUACACACGGAGGGUACUACACAUGCGGAGACCGCUACAACCCAGGUGUCCUUCAGAAACAUAAAUGGGAGAACGCGAUGACCAUCGACAAAAGAUCGUGGGGUUAUAGACGAAAUGCUCCAUUGGCCGAUUAUCUGAGCAUAGAGGAACUGCUGCAGACAUUUGUUAUUACUAUCAGCUGCGGAGGCAACAUGCUGAUGAAUGUUGGACCUCCAAAACAUGGCCAAAUUUCUCCGAUAUUUGAGGAGCGACUUCUUCAGAUGGGGUCCUGGCUCAAGGUCAACGGCGAGGGUGUCUAUGCUUCCAGACCUUGGACUUACCAGAAUGAGACUGUGACCAAAGGUGUAUGGUACACAAAGAAAACAGAUGCCAGUGGCACGUCCCUGUACGCGUUUGUCUUCUACUGGCCAGACACGGAGACUCUCAGCCUUGAUUUACCUCAAGUAUCCUCUGCUACCAAGGUAUCUCUUCUAGGGUAUCCGACCUUGUUCAACUACCAUGCUCGUAGUCCCAGAGGGCUGGACAUCUCCGUUCCUCCUAUCGCUGUGAGCAAAAUGCCUUGCCAGUGGGUGUGGGUCUUCAAGAUCACCGCAGUGGAGAACUGAAUUUGGAGAAAAUCACUAAUAUAAUAAUAAUUUAAAAAUCACUAAUAUAGCAAAACCUGACCAAGAAAUCGAAAGAGAGCCAUUAAAAAAGUCGUCAUAAACAAUUUCCGUCCCAUAUAGGGGAUUUUAGAGGAGGGGUGAGGAAGAAUUUUUUAAAGAGGGGGGGGGGGGCGUACGUGUUGGGAUCAUGAGCCACCUGACCUGUGGGCAGGAAGUGGUCAAAACGUUCAAGUGCAAUCCUACCCGCUCUGAUAGUGGCAUGCGUCAGUCACUCAUUGCCACUAGUGCUAGCAUCCCAUUAGGAUACCUGUUUGACCAAUCAAAUGUAAUAAUGUUAUAUGUUAUAUCUAUAAUGCACCCUUUGUCAAUACAUUUUAUUGUUGGUUAGCUGUUCUUGUUUUCCUGUUACUUUAUUUCUAGGUAUUAAGUCAUGUUGCCAUUGCUGUCUUUCAUAAUUAAUUGUUCCCCGAACUCAUUCAGUCCCGAUAGGGAUCAAAAGUGCUUCCAUCUUCACACAAAAAAAGAAAAAGAGAAUUAAAAAAAGUAAAACAAAACAGUGCGGCGCAAGUAUUUUUCUGUGGGUUUUUUUUGGUUAGUUGUCCAUUCGUUGACACACCAACAGCGACCGUGUAGUGGUCAAGCUAUUUGCAUACUAUGGAAUGGACAUGCGUUUUGCUCUUAUACUGAUUAACAAACUCACUUCGUCUA